AUGAACGGCCACAGCUCGUCAGCGCACGCAGUCGUCCCGGUCGAUCCCUGUCCCGGCCUGCUGCUCGCUCUUCCCGCAGAGCUUUAUCUGGAUCAUAUAUUUCCGCACCUCGAUCUGAACUUUGUUCUCGCUGUGCUGAGUCGGUGCCAUCCUGUCCUCCGCAACCUGAUUUUCAAACUAGCUCGGUCUUCGCUGUGGGGAUGUCUGGAUCUGGCCUUCCAUCCAGACCGAGGCAGCUGCUCCAGCCUGGUUCCACGCCGUGUGCUGGACCGACGGGCACUGUCCUCGUCGGCGACCUACGACUACCAAGUUGCUCUGCGUCUGCCCCUGUAUCUCUCCCGCCUGUCGCCCCUGUCGGUUGCGUCGGUGAAGGCCGUUAAUCUCGACAAUACCCUCGUCCGGGUGGAUGAUGUCGUUGUGUCGGUGCUCGAUCACUGCGUCAAUCUGACGGCGCUCUCGCUGCGCGGCUGUCCCAAGGUUGACAUUAUGGCCCUCAUGCGGCUCCUUGGCUCGCCGCGAUUCACGCUGUCUGUCGCCCGCCAGUUCCACGAUGUGCUCUCCCGUCAUCUUCCUCAACAGCCAUACAUAACCGAUCUGCGGGCCUGCGAGCGGUGUCAGGUGCAGGUAUCGAUGCCCACACCGCCCACUCAUCCGUGCUCGUCGUGCCUCAAGUCGGACGGGUAUCUGUGCGUCGACUGCGAAAUCGACCAGCAGUGCGUCCGGUGCCUGGUGCGCCAAUGCCGCGACUGCCAACUCACCGAUGAAUCCGCAACUGGGCCCAAGCAGUUUGUUCCAGUUGUGGCCUGCAGCGGCCUGGUGUGCAACGACGACGAUUAUUUCACAAAGCAGCCUCUGAACUGUCCAUCGGCCGGGCAUCAUUCGGAGACCACUGGCUGUCACUCGAUCGGUACAGAACCGAGCGGCAUCCCAUCCACGAAGACCCAGGAGCAACGCCAGAACAUCUCGCCCCCUCACCGGUCGUCCCACAAGCCCUUCACGACGUGUGCACCGUGCCAUGACCAGAUCGUGCGCGAGGCAUGUGUCGUUUGCCAGUCGUGGUAUUGCCGAAGCUGUCUGCCCUUCCAACAAAUCGACGACCAGCAUGGUCGAGAAGCCCGGUCCCAGGCUGCCGAGUUUUCCUGGGCUACCCUGCGCUCCACCGAGUCGGUCCAGCUCCGGUGUCGCAAGUGUCUCCUAUGGGCCUGUGAAGAAUGCAGAUUUGUCCACAAUUGCAGUCUGUGCUCGACUCUGGUCUGUGCACGGUGCGAUCCCGUGGCCGACUCCGACGCCCGUUGGGAGGAGGACUCAUCAGCCACAAACCCAAGCUCUCCGCUCCAAGCUGGAUACAGCCAGUCCGCUGUCAAUCACUUGCAAACCAAGAUAUACAUGGGCGGCUACUGCAGCGGACAGUGCGGCACUUUCUGGUGCGGUGAGUGUUGCCGGGCCGCUGAUUCCCAGCUGUCAGAGCCUCCCUUGGCGACAGCACAACCCGUGUCCAAGGGCUACAACUCCGCUGUUGACAUCCCGGCCGACUGGGGCGCGACACAACCCGCCGAGGCGAUGGCUUUGAUCAAGCACCAGCAGACGAUGGACCGGUAUCUGUGCCAGGGAGGCUGCGGACUGCCCUACUGCUUCGGAUGCAUCAACGCCUUGGGAAGUCUCUGCGAGGUCUGCCACAACAGCUACAUCUGCAUCAACUGCCACACCGACGUUUGCCAGGCGUGCCAGGACCCGAACAACCUCGCAGACUCGUCAUUCGUAUCCAUCUACACCAGCGACCCGACCGGCAGCAGAGGCACCGCACGCCAAGCUGACUGGGUGUACGCCGAGGACUAUAUGCUGCUUCCCUUUUAA